AUGAAGCCCCAAGCCCUGCUAUCGGUGGCGGGAGCGGCCCUGCUGCCGCCGGCUUUUGUGACGGCAGCCCCCGCAGACGAGAGGGCCUCCGCGGCGAAGCCGCCAGCCUUCUUCCUCGCCGGCGACUCGACGACGGCGGCGCAGUCGGAAGGCGGCGGCGGCUGGGGCAACGGGUUCCUCGGCUUCCUGAAGGAGCCGGCGUUCGGCACGAACUACGGCCGCAACGGGCGGACGACGGUGGACUACGUCACCAUGGGCUACUGGGAUAUGGUCAAGGAUGCCGUCAAGGCCAACACGGCCAAUUUUGACGUCUACGUGACGAUCCAGUUCGGCCACAACGACCAGAAACCCGAGAAGAACAUCUCGCUCGGCCAGUACCAGACCAACCUCGCCAACCUCGCCGGGGAGAUCAGGGCGCUCGGGGCGACGCCCGUCCUCGUCACGCCCCUCACCCGGCGCAGCUUCGACUCGGCGGGCGUGGUGACCAACAACCUGGCCAACGAGCGCGAGCGGACAAUUGCGGCGGCGGCGGCGGCCGGGGUGACGUACGUCGACCUCAAUCUCAACAGCCGCAAGUACGUGCAGGCCGUCGGCGAGGCCAAGGCGCACUCGUACAACCUCGUGCCGGGGGACAACACGCACCUCAACGACGAGGGCAGCGUCGUGUUCGGGCGGCUCGUGGCGGACCUGCUGCUGCGCAAGGAGACGCAGCUGGCGCAGUGGUUCACGCCGGACGAGGCGCUCAGCGAGGAGAUCUGGAAGGCCAUCGACAGCUCGCCCGUGUAG